UGGAAACUCCAUUGGCGUGAUCCUGUCUCCCUGCUCUCGGUAUCCCUCCGGCGAUCACUUCUCACGCACCACUCGACACGAGUUGAUCGGGGAACAUGUUCAGAGCCUACAAGAACCUCUCCCCCAAAGCCCGCAUCACCGUCGGCCUCGGCAUCACCGGCUGGGGUGCCGUCGGCCUUUGGCUCUCCGACCGCGCAGAGGAGAAGUACCAGCCCCCCGAAGAGGACAAGGCCGUCGUGGAGCGCCUCAUCCCGCGCAUCUCCGUCGUGGACAGGCCUGAGGGCGGACGCUGAAGACGCCGGACAAGAAACAAUUUACUCUUAUACAAAGUCUCGGCUUCUUCGGAUGGCAACGGAGAUGCAGCCUAGUUAGCUUCUUAGCACACUUCUAAUAAAUCAAACAAACAAACAAACAAGAAAAUCCGUUGUAUAUACU